AUGCGUCUCACUGUUCCCCCAAGAGAUCCCUGCUUCCACUCUUCCUCAAUCCCUCUUUUUCCCCGCGUAGUAGCCCCCACUCUCCCUACACCUUCACUUCUCCUUUUCCCUUUCAGCCUUAUCGCGCCACCCGCACCUUGCCAAUCACCUCCAACCACGGCCAGCACCACUCCAGCUCCCUUCUCAACCCUUCAUUGGAGCCCGCGAAACCCCUAUUCAACUCCGGCCGCAGCUCCUCCACUGCGACUCACAACACCACCAAACGACCACCAUAAGCCCGCCACAAUCACUCCCCCAAAUCGUCGGGAGACCAACACGACCAUCCCCAUCUCCAGCCUCUCUAAUCUUUCCCACCACAAAUCACCACCGCUCCUCCAUCUCAUCGUAGCUAACCGCCACCAUCGCACCAGCCCUAGCCACUUACACGACUGCCUUCAUCCCUAA